AUCACAUCUUCAUCUGCUAACUACUGUAUCUUUCAGAUGCGUCGCCUCUUGCUCGUCGUUAUCGUUCUCUUCCACCGGAGUUAUUGUUGGGUGUUGCAUAUCAUGCAGAGACCUCCUCGGUAUGUUUCGUCACAUUCAGAAGAAUCGGUUGUUGGAGCGACAGAAAAAACAACAAAAGACAUCGGUCGUGAGAACAAGAAGUUAAGUAGUAGUUUUGAAUUUACAGCAAUGUAUGAAUGUGGACCUACUACGACGUGGUUGCGUUGGUAGCCCACCUGCUUUCUGUCGUUUGGAUCCGAUCGUCGCCUAGUUUAGACGCUUCUCUCAAGAAGAGUACGCACGCCAGCACAGCAUUCUUGUUUUGUCUAAUUCGUUGUCAGGACCUCAUCAGACUAACAUAUCCACUUCCCCGUCCCUGUUAUAUGCGUGAUCAUGAAGUAAAAACUAAGAAGCGGUCUGUACCAAAAACUACCCCACAUUGAUUUUCCAGAAAUUCUCCUUCAUUUAUCAAUCAAAAGAAAAUGCAGUCCAAUUCUAAUUUAGACAAGUCCCUGACGACAGCCAGCUCGCUCUCGAGCACAGCUGGUCUCAAUACCACCACGUCGAGCUCCGAUAGCAGCGCCACCGGAGGUGCACCAGCAGCCGCACCUGUCAAUAAAAGCAACAUGACAAGGAGGCAGGUCAGCUACGGAACAGGGAUGCUGAACGAAUUGAGCAACUUAACCAGCAUUCCGGAGAACCCGUUUUCGCCCCAGAAUACUACGGCUGGCGGUCAUAGUACCUCUUCCACGGCCCAUCUAAACAAGCGUAAAAUCAUUGUUUUCACAGAAGACGCAAAUGUGAACGAGGAUUGCAAACUCGUGAAACAGCUGCUCCGGAAGAUGGUGAAGAAGAUUCACAAGGCAACUAUGGUAAAAUCGGAAAAGGAACGGGAGGAGAAGAAGGCGAAGAACUACAACCGGAGGACAAGAGGUGCAUUUGCCACAGGACACAACCCCAACAGGAACUUUAGUUUUUCUUCCACCAGCGAAGAUGACGAUGAGGACAGCGAAAAUUUUAUUUCCCUCCACGAAAUCAACCUGACCAAACACCCCGCGAAGAGGAAGGAAUUCUACCAGUUGCUAUUAUUGGAGCACGAGAACGAAUCGUCUUUCUUCGUGACGCUCCAAGACAGCAAUUCCGGGGUUUUGUCCACGAGAUUCCGCUGCCAGAGCUACAAACCGUCGUCCUUACCGAAAAUGCCCCAGGUUUGGUUCAACAACCGGUAUUAUGCAUUGCAAAUAUGUCUGGGUCUGGAAGAUUGCAAGAUUUGCCACGCUAGUCUGGCAUGACUCUGCGCUCUGUAUUGCGUGGCCACCAAGAGGUCCUCUUGCCUGUCAUGCAAAAGCGCAGUUUCUCAUGCGAAACACGCAGCACAGAAACACGAACAAACUUGUCAUGCUUGCCAGCGCAUUACAGAGCACUUUAUUGCUCACCGACUUGCAUCACAAGUUUCCAGACCCAGACAUUUUUGCAGAGGAUAGAUAUUUUGGCGGCAUGGACGAAGUGGAACAGUUGGUCAACAAAAUCGAUGAGGAUCGGCGGAUUAUGAAACAGAGAACCAUGCUGGCGUACGCGACUUCACCUGAUCUGGGCAAGAGCAUGAUGUCUAGUACAACUUUAAGCCUGAGCAGAACUUCCUUCAACAGUACCCUCAACAGCAGUACGAUCACCAGCAACCCUUUGCUCAACCGGUCACUUUCCUCGACCGGCAUGUCCAAAACCGAGCUGAACCAAGCACUGAAUACCUCCGUGUCGGCGAACACGUUGCAGCAUUUCCUCUCGUUGUUUGACGAUCCGGAGAACAAAAAGCAAGCCUUUCUUGACAACAGCUACAAUGUCAACAAGAGUCAGGCAAUUUUGAAAGAAUCCGCGCGGAAUGUGAAGCAAGAGCAAAAAGCCGCGGCCGCCGAGGCGCAAAAGGCAAAAGAGCAGGAGGAGGAAGACGCUCUGAACGCGGAAAUUAUGAAAGCAAUUGCGGAGGCGGAGGAGGCGGAAGCAGAAAAAACAAAGCCAAGAAAACUAUCCAGAAAUGAGGAAGAAAUGGCAGCGGUGAGAGCGGAUGAGGAGGCGCAAAAAGCCGCUAAGACAAAGAAUGCUGCAUCUUCGAACAACAAGAAUUAUCCAAUUCUCGCGAUGGCGCGAACGGCGUCCUUACUGAAAAAGUCGGAUACCAUUGCGCCCGAGGAAAUGGUCUUGUCCCCUGAAGGGCACCAGGCCGAUAGUUCUGGCAAUAGAAAGUUGGUACAGGAUGAAAACGGAUUGAUCGACGUGCCCUACAGUUCGGUUUUCGACGAUCCAAAUAGCGGAGUUGUGAAGGGUCCCUCGAACAACAACAAACCUGGAAAUACAGUGGAAAAGGAAAAUGCUUCUGGUGCUGCCGAGCUACACGCUGCGCCACUCGCGGCCCGCGGCUCGCAGCUGGUUCGGGUGGACAGCCAGGAUGAAGAUGAGGAAAAUUAUGCUACUAACGAGAGUCGCGGCUCUUCCUCGUCUUCCGUUGAAGACGAUGGUAGUGAAGAUGAGGAGGAUGAAAACGACAACACGACCACCUCCGGCGCAACUUCGAGUCCUUUAAACAUGAGCUUGACAAAUUCCACCACACAAUCCGGAGGCGCAAUAAACAAUCCGCUCGGCAGUCAGAAGCUCUCCGCUUUCCGCGCGGCGGCCAAGAGGAUCGCUUCCGCGGCUUCGGUGGUCCAAACCCAGGAAGACGCGGUUGGGAAGAUUAAGUUGACAAGGUUGAACAAGAAGAAAGCCAUUUGGAAAACAUUGUGGAAAUCCGCGGUCUCGAAAACUAAUCCGGAAACUUUGUAUGCGUUGCAAAUAUAAUGAUGUCUGGGUCUGGAGCAAGGUUGCAACUUGUCAUGCUAAAUCCGAAUCACGCAAAGAAUCUGUGUUGCAUGAUUUUGAUUGCCAGCAGUUGUCCUUUUGUACCAAGUUGAGAGGGAUUUUCUCAUGCAGGAUAGGCAUGAGAGAGAACUCGCUGCGAUUUGCCAUGCUAGGUGCUGCAUGCCAGACCUCAUGGGUCAUCGAAAACCUGCAUGGCAAAUCUAACAUCCUUCCAGACCCAGAUGACAUAUUUGCACUUCAUACUUUGGAGAAGGACACGAAAAAACUGAUCGAGCCCAUUCCCCUGAUGACGGUGAUCCUAUUGUGAGGAAAAAUCCCCCCUCCCCAUACCAACCCGGGACACUUUUGAAAAUUUGUGAUGCUGAUUUGUGGCCACAAAUCGCGUCUGUAUUGCAGGAAGGCAAAGCCAAAAACCCCGCCGCGUUCUGCAGGGAAUUUGUAAUGCUGUAUGGCCUAAAGAGGACGCGACUGGCUUGCUAGGCGCCUACACCAAAACUCCCGUACUCGGGCUCUGUAUCUGCCUGCAGUCCUCUACUGCAAGACAAAGCCAAUUCGUGUACACAAAUUCCGCAUCACAAAGUUUCAUUUCGCUAUGGGGUGGGGGGAUGUUUCCUUUUGAUAGAUCCGGGGCGGGAUGCACGGCCCGGGGUUCGCCAAGCCGAAAAAGUUGAACCGGGAAAAGUCGUAUGAAAGGCAAAAGCAUCGUACUAGUAGUAAUCGCAUUACAAAGUUGCUCAGCAUGACAAAUGGAAUUUCUCAUGCUGAUUUACCUUGAAAAAGAGAUUUGUCAUGCAUAAACGCGAAGAUUACUACGAGUACGAUAGUACUUUUGCACGGGAUAAUUCCAUCGGGUUACUACGGAAGGGGACGGAGGAAAUUUUGGCGGAUAUGGCGAAAAGCGGGGACGAUAUGGGAGAUAACAGGUUGGAACAAGCGUUGUUGGCUAUCCUGUGCAAAAACAUCCCCACCCCAGAGUUGUCACGCAGAUCUAAAAGCACAAGAGCAUUUGUAAUGCGCAUCCCCAUGAGAGGCAUUUCCCAUUGUGUUUUAGAACUUGUUGUGAUGCUGUGAACAGGAUAAGGAGCUGGAGUUGUUAUGCGGCUUCUCUUGCUAAACUGCAUUACAUUAGAGCCUGCAACUUGUCAUGCGUGGCUCCCAAAACUUUAACGUUUGUGUUGCAAAAUCCCCAUCUUGACUCUGGGGUGGGGACGUUUUUACAAAUGAUAUUGGCUGCAGAAGAACAGCAGGAAGACGGGUUGUUAGCGGUAGAUGACUAUCCUGUGCAAAAGUAUCGUACUCGUAGUAAGUGCCGUCAUGCAUUACAAAUCUUUUUCUCAAUGUAAGUCCGCAUUACAAAUUUAUAUCUCUCAUGCUGCGGGAAUUUGUCAUGCAUUUAGUAUACGAGUACGAAUACGAUACUUUUGCAAUGCAUAAUGACGAUGAGGAUAAAAAAAAGGAUUUGCAGAAAAAAUUGCAAAACGACGAGCAACUCGCCGAGGACAUGGCGAAAAGCCACGAUGUGAGCGAACCGCUGAUCCGCCCGUAUUUGCAGAUCCUCGACCGGGCGGGGGAUCAGAACAGCAACAGCAAUGCCUCCAGUCCACGAGGGCCACAUGGUUUCAACAGUGGGGUGAACAGCAGUACUGAAGACGACGACCACACCACGAGACCCGGCUCUCCCACGAGUGCUGGCAACGCUAAUUCCCCGAGCGAGACGCCGAGAACUACUACAGGCAAACAGUCCCCACGAGUUGCGAAAUUCUCCGAGCACUACGCAAAAGGCCCUGCUAUUCCCGCGGACGAGAAUGCGCAGAAAAAUCGUUUGAGUUAUUUCAAGGCGAAGACCGACCCGCGCAGACAGCUGAACUACGACAUCAUCCUGCGGAUGAAAAUCGCACCGAUGGUGGCGAUAUCAAUCGUAAAUAUGUCUGGGUCAGGAAGAGUCGGGGUUUGUCAUGCACAUUUUGCAUGACCCAUGAGGUCUGUGAUGCAGGUCCUAGCAUCACAGAUUUUUCGAGAGCUUCUUGAUGCUUACCACGCAUGAGAAAUGCCCUCUGCGCGUGCCAAGAGCUGGAGGCUCUUGCUGCCCGUGCAACUACACAGAUAUUUCUAGAAUGCGCCGCAAACAGCAUUACAAGUUCCACUCUUCCAGACCCAGACAUAUUUGCAGUUGAUAGGCGAUGUUGCAGCUGGAGAGCCGGACCAUUUGGAAUUACUCGAAAUUGAUGCGAAGUUUGGACGACCGGUUCCGACAGACGGGCGGAUAUUUCUUCGCGAAUUCCAACCAUCCGUUUUUCCCUCCGGCGAAAUAUGCGAACCGGAAUUUUUUGAAAACCUUUUCCUACUUGAAUUUGAUGGAGGUCACCACACCCAACCCCACGGUGAAGCUCAUAGAAUCAGCAAAACACGGAGCUGCAGGUACUAGAACAAGCUCCUCUACCAGAGCAAGCUCUUUGAUAACUCAUGCCCCGGUAAGACUCGGCAACCUCGCGCAAUCAAUAGUCGGUAAGGUGGUGGAGAAGCAGACUUUACUUGCGAAUUCGCUGAUAGAAAACCUGGUUUUUUACCCCCCAGCAUUGCUGCUCCGGAAUCUGUAUCCUGUGCAAAAGUAUCGUACUCGUAGUCAGUAAUCGCGAUCGUGCAUUAAAGGCAAAACAGCAUGACAAAUGCCAUUUGUCAUGCUGAGCUAAUUUAUUGUAUUGCACUUACUACUAGUACGAUACUUUUGCAAUUCAUAAUCUGGGAAAACUCCCCGUUUUCGGGGAUAUCGUGCCACAGAUUGGUUUAUGGAAUGCAAAUAUGUCUGGGUCCGGGAGAUUGCGAGGUUUGUCAUGCUAGUCUGGCAUGACACUUGAACCUGUAAUGCGUGAGCAGGACCAAAAGAGCCACUUGCCUGCCAUGCAAAAAUGUAGUUUGUCAUGCGGAAAGCGAAACACAAAGGAGCCCAGAAACUUGUCAUGCGUGGCUGCCUAUUGCAGUCGUGUCCCCACAAGUCAUAAAUUAGCAUCACAAGUUUCCAGACCCGCACAUAUUUGCAAUCCAUACGGUUCGGAAAACCUCAACGAGGACUUUUCUCUCCUAUCAAACAAAAAGAGUUCGUCACAAGCACUCAUGCGCAUGCUUGCAAUACAAAAUUGUUUGUCAUGCGUAAAAAUGCAUCACAGCAAAACUUCAUUAGGGAUUUCCCUAGUGUUUCUGCAAGACAAGGAAAGUUUGUGACGCUGAGAAAAUUUGUAAUGCAAAGCCUGCAAAUUAGUGACUGUGAUAAAUUUUUUUCUCUCCAUAUCUCCACCCGCUCCGCUACUGCUUUCGCGGGCGGGAUUUGACGCAGAUUGUCGCGCGCGGAAUUAUUCCGGCGGUGAGCUGCCAGACGUUAUUGGAUGAAGGGGUGAUUUACGACGUGGAGUUUGACCAAAAAAUCCGGACCAUGAUGUACAAACAGCUGAAGAGGGCGAUGAGCCAGCUCUACACGAAGCAACGGAACAAACUUGCGGAGGCUUUGCUGAAGGCGAAAAGAGGGAUAAUUGGAGCCGACGAGGAAGACGACGACGAGAACGAUGAUAUUACGAAGUCCGUUGUAUCAAAUGCAAAAGUGUCAAUGUCUGGUUCUGGAAGAUUGUCAUGCUAGUCUGGCAUGACUCUGCACUGUGUAUUGCGCGGCCACCGAGAGGUCCUCUUGCCUGUCAUGCAAAAGCGCAGUUUCUAAUGCGAAAUACGCAUGAUCACAGAAGCACGAAAAAACUUGUCAUGCUUGGCGGCGCAUUACAGUGCGCUUAUUGUUCACGGACUACUUGCAUCACAAGUUUCCAAACCCAGACAUUUUUCCAUUUGAUACGUUGCCACAAUUGGCAAUCUCAUUGUCGAUGAUGAGGAGGAUGAGGAGAGGAAGAAAAAUGACCCGGCCUUGAAAUUAGCUUUACCCGACGGAAAGAAUGUGAGUCCGGCGUUUCAAUUCGGAGAUUUUUUUCAGGAUGAGGGCGAGUUCUACAAAACGACGAACCCGGGGAAGAGGAAUGCGGUACAUAAAAAUUCCAGCGACCAGCCAACGGGUGAGGGAGAAGAUGGUCAAGAAGAAGAAGAUGAACAUCAGGAUAAUAAAGAUGAGGUUACAUUUUCCUCCGGCCCGAAGGAGCCAGAAGAUGAGACGAGUGCUGCUGCUGACAGACAGGAACGACAAAGCAAUAAACUAAACCUCCCUGCUUCUUCGCGCGAAGAGGCAGAAGACGCUGCAGAGGGGCAAGCGAAAGGAUUAACACCAACAGGAGAGGACGACACUACUACAAGAGCUGAGGAUACUAGUACUGCAGCACCGCUGCAGCUCGAAGGCGACCACAGCAGUCUUAUACCAGCCGUCCUUGCAGAUGAUGAUGAAAUGCUGGAAGGUCAGCACAGCCUCGCAGCUCCUGAGCAUUCACAACAAAAAGCCGCAGGAGCAAAAGUAUGCAUUGCAAAAGUAUGACGAGCAUCGUAGUAGUAGAAAUAGAACUAAGAGAUGCAAAUUUUUUCAGAAACCAAAAUGGAAUUUGUAAAUGCUAAUUUACCCUCUAAGUGUCGGAGUCCCGUAGAUUUGUCAUGCGUAUUAGCUGCAAUUCUUCAUACGAGUACGAUACUUUUGCAACGCAUAACAUAAAGACCACGUCGACGACAACUACAAGCAGCUCAUCGAGGCGAUUCAGUCCGUCUACCGGGAUUUCCGGGCCCAUUUAGCACAAAAAGACGGGUACGUGACGUUUUCGGAGAGGAGAAUCUACCGCUUGGCCAUGUACCGGGGCCUUCUGAAUCCGAAAAGUAUCAGCCUGCCCUACAUGCUGUUUCCGAACUGCAAUUCAUCUUCUCUUGGUGGGUCGGAUAGUACAACAGGAGGAGCGGUACUAGACAGUUCAGGUGGUGGAACGAGUGCAGAUUCAUCGUCUUCGAAAAGUACUGGAGCAAAUUCCAUCUCGAAUUCGCAGCCUUACGUGAUUAUCAACCAGUUUCUCAUGCGGCAAACGCAAGAGUCGAAGGAACAGCAGGAAAAGGAGUUGUCCAAACUCCUCGCGGAGUAUGGGCAGGAGGACAUUUAUGGAAGCGUGAUCUGGAUCGAAAUCGACACAAUUGAAAUAGUUUGCCAUGCAUAAAAUGCAAGGCAUGGAGUGGCUGUCUUGCCGGGAUGGCAAGUGAGGCCGAUUGUGAGCUUGUUAGGGGUCCUCGUUUGGAAUAGACCUGCAAAAGUAGGAUGACAAAAGCAGUCUUCUGUGCCCAAAGAGCAUGACAAAUUGGAUUGCAACAAACAGCGUGGCAAAUCGGUGCUCGGGAAAUUUGUCAUGCGCUACUUAGUAAGUGGGCUUCCAACUGGUAUGGGUUUUAUGCAUUACAACUCUGUCGAUUUCGAUCCUGACAGUUCCAUAACAUCUUCGCGAACGAGGCACUGGAGCGGGCCGAUAGUAAAGACGACAGUGCUUCUAUGCAGAGAAAAAAGUGUUACAUUUACCCACGCUGAUGCAAGACCAGCAAGACAGACAACCACUGUCAUGCAGGACAUCAUGCUUUCCAGCCUCAUGUCUUCAUGCGCGUUUUCGCUUUAUAGUCUGCGCAUCACAAGUUCUCUUUGCCAUGCAAUGCAACUUUGUGAUGCUGAAACUGCACGACCAAAUGUGUAGCUGUAACUCUUUUUUUCUGCGAUAGCUUCUCCCUUUGACGAAGACGAUGAAAAUGACGAUGAGGAGUUUCGCGAGCACCAGAAAAAUUUACAUUACGGCGGCCACACCUACACGAAGAAGCUGCUGCAGCAGGACCCGACUUUGACCUUCCUGCAUAACACCAACAGCAAAUUCCCCUGGUGGAAAGCAAAUAUGAUCCAGAACAAGGUCAGUACGAAUUGCAAAAGUAUCGUACGUAGUACUAGUAGAACACCGCAUUACAAAUUGGCUCAGCACGAAAAAUGAUGAGAUUUGUCAUGCUGAUAUAGCUUUGCAAGGAGAUUUGUCAUGCGUAUUUGCGAUAAUUGCCACGACUACGAUACUUUUGCACACGAUAGUGCGCCCGAUGACGCAACUUCUGCAGGCGAAGAUGCUGCAGGGGAAGAGGUAUCAAAUGCAAAAAUGUCUGGGUCUGGAAGUAGAUAAUUGCGAGAUUUGUCAUGCUUGUCUGGCAUCACAAAAAAGUUUGUGAUGCGUGUCCCAGAAAAGACCCUUUUGCCUGUCAUGCAAAAACGUAGUUUCUCAUGCGAAAAACGCAGCACAAAGUAAAGCAGAUAUUUCUCAUGCUUGGUUGUGCAUUACACAGCACGAUUCACUAUUCCCAUCGCAGCAUUACAAGUUUCCCGACCCAGACAUAUUUGCAGUGCAUAAGAGGAUUUUCCACGACUGCAAGCACGCACACACGCAAACCCAGAGCGGCGUGGUGAAUUUCAUCGCGAUCAAAAACAGCCCGCAGACCAAAGAGGACUACGAUCGGUUCCGACUGAAAAUUUCGGAACUGCAGAUGCUGGAUUUGCUACCAGAGUUGGUGGAAUCAAGCGGUGAACAGAAUACUGGUACACGACCAAGUUCGGAUAGUACUGCUGGUGGUUCUUCUUCAUCAUCGUCUCUCAGUUGGAAACACAACAAAGCUUUCCUGAUUAACUGCUACAAUUUGCUCUGUCUCCACGGUUUCACAGAAGCUGGGGUGGUCUCCAAAUUAGACAAACGGAUCUACACUGGGACUCGUAUGCACUGCAAAAGUAUCGUACUCGUAUAAAUGCAUUACAAAUUUUCUCAGCAUGGAAAAUGAAGUUUGUAAUGCGGAUUUACCUUAAGAAAAAGAUUUGUAAUGCAUGACUGCAUUACGAAUGACUGCAAUUACUACGAGUGCGAUACUUUUGCACAGCAUAACUCACCCCUACCAGCAACAAACCGCGUACCAGUUCGCUUUUGGAUUUGUGCUGAAGUUGGCAGAUUUGUUCCAGAUGGUGAGCCCAAGGAAGGACUACCGAGUAUUGUGAGGAAAAAUUCCCCCUCCCCAUACCAAACCGGGAUACUUCUGAAAAUUUGUGAUGCUGAUUUGAGACCACAAAUCGUCUCUGUAUUGCAAGAAGGCCAAUUCAAAAAUCUCGCCGCAUCCUGCCGGCAAUUUGUAAUGCUAUAGGGACUACGGAGGAUAUGCCUGCCUUGCUAGGCGCCGAUACCAAAUCCCCCUACUCCGGCUUUGUAUCUGCCUGCAGUCCUCUGCUGCAAGACAAAGCCGAUUUGUGUACACAAAUACCGCAUCACAGAUUUCCAUUUCGAUAUGGGGAGGGGGGAUUUUUCCUUGCGAUACCGCGUGCAUUUCGUUCUCAACCACUGCACGAAGUCGUGCCCGCCGAUCUACUGGCUGGACAAACACUGCACGAACUGCGUGGAGGAGGAGCUGGAGUUUUUGUCCAUGCUGUACUGCAUGAACGUAUGCAAUACAAAUUUCCUGCACAUGUACAAAAUGCAUCACAAAUUUCACCAACCUGGAGCGUGCCACUUGUCAUGCUGAAUCGCGUUAAAAGAAAACUUUGUCAUGCAGAAAUCGCACUUGUACAUGUGCAGGAAAUUUCCUGUGAAUAGAACGACCAGAACGUGUUCUUUCAGACAAAAGAGUCGGAGGAGACGUUCAGGUUAGGAAUAUCGAGAAAUAAACCCUCGAACAAACGGAAACGGAAGCGCUUGGAGGUUCAUUGCUUCUUGGUGAACAAUAUCAAAUGUAAAAAUGUCUGGGUCUGGAAAAAUGCAAGUUUGUCAUGCUUGUCUGGCAUGACUCUUAAAUCUGUCAUGCACAUUACCAAAGAGCCCCACUUUUCUGUCAUGCAGAAACGUAGUUUGUCAUGCUGAAUAGGCAACACCCAGAAGCUCAGAAACUUGUCAUGCUGAGCCAGCAAUUGUCGCCUCCUCAUGAUACGCCACACAGCAUCACAAGUUUCCAGACCCAGACAUUUUUACAUUUGAUAAACAAAACUCUUUGGAAACUCCCGGAAUUCCAACAGCAGUUCGUCACGUUGAGCACCAUAUGGAUUGUAAAAAUGUCUGGGUCUGGAAAGUUGGAACUUGUAAUGCUAGCUUUCCAUACCUAGAAAAUCUGUAUUGCAUAAGCAACAAAAGUCGCAGCCUCUUUUGUCAUGCGAAAACGCAGUUUCUUAUGCAGAUUGCCUAUGAGAAAGCGUCUUGGGAAGUUGUCAUGCUGGACUGCAUUCGGAAGUGUUUUCAUCAUGCACUUUUUAGCAUCACAAGUUUCCAGACCCAGACACUAUUGCAUUUCAUACACCAACACCCGCGAAAACGCAAAGCGGUCCGUGAUGCAGAUUUUGCUGAGGCACCUUCGGGGGGAAAAGUGGAAUUUGUUGAAAAAAUGCGAGCAGGAUUUGAGCUUGUUCCAUUUCUACUACGGCACCUCCUCCGGCGGCUUUGGCGCGUUCGCGGAACGGGCGGCCUGUGAGCCGUAUCAAAUGCAAAUAUGUCUGGGUCUGGAAGAUUGGAGGACUUGUCAUGCACAUUUUGCAUAAUCCAUGAUGUCUGUGAUGUAUGCGAUAGCAUCACAGAUUUUGCGAAGGCUCGCUGAUGCCUAUACCGCAUGACAAAUGCCCCCUCCGCCUAACAAAAACUGGACUCCUCUUGCGGCUUACGCAAUACAGAUUUUUCUAGAAUCCAAAGACAGCAUGACAAGUCUCAUCCCUCCAGGCCCAGACAUUUUUUGCAGUGCAUAAGCCCUUUGACUUCACGAGUUUGAACUUGAUCGGGCAGGACACGAAAUAU